AAACCCGUAUGGUACUGAUGGUUUGUUUAGCGCCAAUGCCAGUCUUAACUCAAGUUUCAAUGUGAAUGAUGUCCUAAAAACAACAAAACCAGAGAUUGAAGAUUUGAUGACAGUCAUCGACCCCUGAUACAGAGAUCAAAGGCCAAAGCCAGACUCGCGUUCUUCGGACACAAAUUGCCCACCGCAUUCAAUUUUAAACACCGAGCGAUGUCAUGAGUUCUCAGCAACAUUUUUUUGCCAAACUCACUCAUGUCAUUUAUGAUGUAGGUCACGCACCCUGUGCCUCAACCCACGCCGUUGACUCUUGUGUUUGUUUAUGUUGAAAAAAAUCACUUUUUGCUUCUUCAUGGAACUCUUGUUGGUUUUGUGUGUUUCUGAGGCCCAUUCAGAUGAUGGAGGGCUUAUCAUGCCUCCUGCUUUAGCUGCCAUUCAGGUCGUGAUAUUGCCGUUGUAUGCAAAGGAUCCGCAGCAGCAGGCAUCGGUUCUCGAUGCGGCAGCUGCUUUGCGCAAGGAUCUAACAGCAGUUGGAAUGAGAGUGCACAUCGACGAUCGAUUGAGUAUGAAACCUGGAGCAAAGUACUUCGAGUGGGAACGCCGUGGAGUCCCUCUUAGACUUGAACUCGGGAUGCGAGAUCUCGAGAAAGGUAUCGCCCUGGGGAAGCUUCGGACAGGUGGUGAAAAGUUUGAAGUCCCGCUUGAAGAUCCUUCCAACAAGGUGUCUCGCGCUUUGACUGACAUGAAAUCGGAGCUCAAGAGUCGCUCUGAACAGUUGAAGCAGCGCUUGAUUUUUCGAAUAGAGUCUCGUUCCGACUUCAAUAAAAGAUUGAAGGAGGAUGAGCCUGGAAUGAUGCUUGUCCCAUGGGGCGGUGAUGACGAUGACGAGGACAGCAUCAAAGAAGAGACCGGGGUUACUUUAAGGUGUUAUCCGCUGGACCAAGAUGAGCUGCCGGACGAGCAGGAGGGUUUAGUGUGUCCGUUUCUCCACUGCUGCCACAAUUCCUACGUCUUCAUAGCUGGGAAAGGCCUAGCGAAAGAGAGCAUGUGCAAUUGACAAGGAUGAAACAUUAACCUCGAUGAAGCACAGUGUGGUACAGCAGCUAGUUUGCUUUGUCUGUUUGUUGGUGCAUGUGGUUUGUAGAAGUUAUUUUCGCCGUUCUGGAGUUGUCCUGCCGCACGAUGGCUUUUUGCUGCUUUGUUGUACAUUACAUUGCCAUAUGUUUGCAUUAGCAGCAUGCAGCUUACAACAAAAAAGUGAAUAUAUCACAAUAUUAUGUAACUUCGCGACAUUUCGCAACAUUUGGCGUGAAAGGUUCUGCCUGUGUUCAAGCCAGGAGACCUAGGAGGUGAGUUGUUUGCGAAUGUGGGAGUCCAACAUUCUUUCCAGCGGUUUUGCUAAUCCUUGGAUUCUUCCUUGCCACAUCUAAAGAAUCCAGCAGCAUGAUGCAAGGACGAGGGUUUGGGCCUGUAGCCUCCAGGGCAGCAGCACAUCUUGAAAUCAUCCUGAGCCUGCAUAGCUACGUCUCAGGAGUAAGUAGGAUGGAACAUCAGUUUUUGAUUGAGUUGCAGACGAGUGCAUGAUUGAGAGCUUGUUGGACGACUUGCUUUGCACAGUCAAUCUAUUCAUGCAUUGUCAUGCCAUUCCGGUCAGCCACCCGCCUUUGGUUUCUAUUAUUACUUCUUUCCGCUUGAAUAGAUGAAUUCAAUGUGUACACCAACGACUUCAGAGCAAAAAUGCUGACAGGCCCCAAGACCGUUGGGAUGCCUUGGGCCUUCUAAGAGACUCUACCCAUGCCCAUGCAAACAUUAUAAGAGACCUGUGGUAUUAAUACCCUUUCGCACGGAUUUGUCUUACCGGCAAAUUGACCGCAACUGUUUCAUCAUGGGAAGUGUAUGUGGGCCCUGUAGGGAUUGAUGACGCAUGGAUGAAUUGUCGCUGAUUGAGACAGUGCUUGUAUAUCUUGUAUAUAUAUAUAUACAUGUAUACAAUUGCUUUGCCCUCACAAGUCUGACCUUGCCGAAUGCAGAUGAUGAGCACAAUAACCAAACUUGUCACAGCCUCUCCAGAUGAGAAAACGAUUGCCAGCGAGAAGGCCCCUUGAACAGAUGAGAGAGCUAAAGACCAAGGGCAUCUCUCGCACUUUGACAACAAACCAUGGGCUCACUUUACUCUUGUGGAGAAGCUCUUUGCAGACAAAUGGAAAAUGUUUCACCCAUGUUCAACUUCGGUAGGUUAAUCGCCCGGGUAUUGUGCGAGAUUUCCCAUGCGUACUGUUGCCCCUUGGCCCUCUUGCUGUGGCAGGAUUGUCCCUUGACUGGGAAGCCAUCUCGAAGGUGGGCAAUUUUCGCAAAAGCAUACUGAGAGCUGCGUAGACUUAUGAGUUAGCCUAGCAAUUGCGCGACCAAAAGAGUUCACGGAGCUUCUUUCCUGUUGGAAGUCUGCAAAGGAGCAUAGUUCUUGUGCUUAUAUGUCCUAAUGCUGCAGCAUUUUAGACAAAGGCACCAUGGUU